AUGGAGAACAAGUUUAUACCCCAGGCAAUUGAAAUCGUGACUCAGGCUAUUAAUGAGGACAACAACAACAACUAUGAGGAGGCUUUUCGUCUUUACAAAAAGGCGCUUGAACACUUUAUGAUUGGCGUGAAAUAUGAGAAGAAUCCGACGUCCAAAGAUAUUAUAAUGAAGCGUGUGGAAGGGUACAUGACGCGUGCCGAGCAACUUCGAGGAUUGCUAGAGAAAACGAAAGCCCCUAAAGCUGUAGCAGCUGCAGUAGAUGUGGAUAAAGGAGAAAAAGAAGAUGACGAUGAGACAGACGCAGAAACAGCAAAGUUGCGAGGCUCACUAGCUUCUGCGGUUGUGUCGGAGAAGCCGAACGUCAAGUGGGAUGAUGUUGCUGGACUUGAUGCUGCAAAGGAUGCGCUCAAAGAAGCAGUUAUUUUACCUGCUCGCUUUCCGCAGCUUUUUACAGGGAAGCGACGUCCGUGGAAGGGUAUCUUGCUGUAUGGGCCUCCAGGCACAGGUAAGUCAUAUCUUGCUCAGGCCGUCGCGACAGAAGCAGACUCCACUUUCUUCUCGGUCUCAUCUUCUAGCUUAGUGUCGAAGUGGCAAGGUGAAAGCGAAAAGCUGGUAAAGAAUCUUUUUGAGAUGGCGCGCGAAAAGAAGCCGGCUAUUAUUUUCGUGGACGAAGUUGACUCACUGUGCUCGAAUCGAUCGGAAGGUGAAAGUGAUUCGACGCGCCGAAUUAAAAAUGAAUUUCUUGUUCAAAUGCAAGGAAUAGGAAAUAAUCAUGACGGUGUUCUGGUGCUUGGAGCUACGAACGUACCAUGGGAGCUCGAUCCAGCGAUGAGGCGACGAUUUGAAAAACGUAUCUACAUCCCUCUACCUGAUACUGAUGCACGAAAAGUUAUGCUGGGAAUCCACCUUGGUGAUACGCCAAAUGAGCUAAGCGAUGCAAACCUCACAUCGAUCGCAGAAAAAACGGAAGGUUGUUCUGGCUCAGAUAUAUCCGUGCUUGUCCGAGACGCGCUGAUGGAACCCCUCAGAAAAUGUCAGCAAGCCCAGUAUUUCACUCCGUGUGAUGACAAGGCUCACCCUGUCCGAAAUGGCCUCUUCGUGACACCGUGUGAAGAUGAUCCGCCGUGCGCGUAUUGCCACAUUAAACUUUCAUCAUGUCCCCCGAAGUGCUCAGAUUGCAAAGCCCCUUGUCGACAUUGCAAAUCGCUUCGCAUGCGGCUCUACGAUCUUUCAGAACGUGGCUAUUCGGAUGAAAAGCUGCGACCGCCGAUCAUCUCGAUGAGUGACUUCACACGCGUGCUUGAGCAUACAACUGCUACUGUCGCCUCUGAGGAGCUUACUCGUUUCGUAAAGUGGACGCAGGAGUUUGGGCAAGAAGGCUAG